GAUAAACCACUAAACCUAUAAGAAAUCAAAAUGGCUGUCAAAGGAUUGGGUCAGGUUGACCAAAAAUAUGAUGGCUCUUCGUUGAGAAUCGGUAUUCUUCAUGCCCGUUGGAAUGAGUCCAUCAUCGCCAACUUGGUCAAGGGCUGUGUUGACAGAUUGAAAGAUUUGGGAGUCAAAGAAGAAAACAUUAUUGUUGAGUCCAUUCCGGGCUCUUUCGAGUUGCCUUAUGGAACCAAGCUCCUCACCGAAAAGUACCAGAAAUUGGACCAGCCUUUGGAUGCUGUGAUCCCCAUCGGUGUUUUGAUCAAGGGCCUGACCAUGCACUUCGAGUACAUCUGUGACUCUGUGACCCAUCAGUUAAUGAAGCUCAAUUUCGAGCUCGGACUCCCCGUUAUUUUUGGUGUCUUGACAUGUCUUACAGACGAGCAAGCCGAGGCCAGGGCAGGGCUUAUUGAGGGCAAAAUGCAUAACCACGGCGAAGACUGGGGAGCGGCUGCGGUUGAAAUGGCCCUGAAAUUCAGGGUUUAA